AUGAAUCAACUCUCCGAUGAAAAUGUCCAGAAUAUGAAGUGCAGCCAGAAAAAUGCAAGUACGAAAAAUAAAAAUAAUAAAAAGGCCAAAGAUCCUUCGGAGACGCCUGUAGCAAUAUGUAAAUGGAAUGUAAUGAAUGAUAAACUACAUGAAACGUUAGCUAAUACUCUUCAUAUUAACAAAAUUAAUAGUAACCUAACGAAUGGUACCAGUGAUCAUUCUAAAGAUAGUGUCAACGAUAUAAAUGAAGCACAAGACGCAGCACCUAGUGAAGUCGAAAUGAAUGUAAAUAGUGUACAGUGUAGUGAUGUCGGGAAAAUAAAAACGAACGAGAAUAGUGGAACAUAUGCUUCAAAUAAGGUCAGGUGUAGUAAGGAAAUUGAAACUGAAAGCCUUGCAAACUCUUCUCUUGAAGAUCACAAAGAAGAAAUUGAAAUAUUGUCAUAUGAAUCUGAAUUGCAAAUGCCAGAGAUUAUGAGGCUCAUUCAGAAAGAUUUAUCUGAACCUUAUUCUAUCUAUACUUAUAGAUACUUUAUUCAUAAUUGGCCUAAACUUUGCUUCUUGGCAAGUCAUGAAGGCAAAUGUAUUGGUGCCAUUGUUUGUAAGUUAGAUAUGCAUCGAAAUAAUGUUAAAAGAGGGUAUAUAGCUAUGUUGGCAGUAGAUGAAAAAUAUAGGAAAAAGAAGAUUGGCUCUAGAUUAGUACAGAAGGCAAUAAGGGCAAUGAUAGAUGACAAUGCUGAUGAAGUUGUAUUAGAAACAGAAAUCACAAACAAACCUGCACUAAAACUUUAUGAAAAUCUUGGCUUUGUGAGAGAUAAACGCUUAUUUCGAUACUACCUAAAUGGGGUAGAUGCAUUGCGGUUGAAAUUGUGGUUAAGG